CCCCGGCCCCGCCCCCUGCCCCCGGCCGGUUCCUUUUAAUGGCGCGGCGCCCUGGUGCGGCGGGCUCUGGGGCGGCCCAGCGCAGCGGAAGAGUUGAGCCAGCAUGUCGGGGACCCGAGCCUCCAACGACCGGCCCCCCGCCGCAGGCGGCGUCAAGCGGGGGCGGCUGCAGCACGAGGCGGCGACCACCGGCUCCCGGGUGACCGUGGUGCUGGGCGCGCAGUGGGGGGACGAGGGCAAAGGCAAGGUGGUGGACCUGCUGGCCACGGACGCCGACAUCAUCAGCCGCUUCCAGGGGGGCAACAAUGCGGGCCACACCGUGGUGGUGGACGGCAAGGAGUACGACUUCCAUCUGCUGCCCAGCGGCAUCAUCAACACCAAGGCCAUGUCCUUCAUCGGCAACGGAGUGGUUGUCCACUUACCAGGCUUGUUCGAAGAAGCAGAAAAGAAUGAGAAGAAAGGCCUGAAGGACUGGGAGAAGAGGCUUAUCCUCUCUGACCGGGCCCACCUCGUGUUCGAUUUUCACCAGGCGGUGGAUGGGCUCCAGGAGGUGCAGAGGCAGGCCCAGGAGGGCAAGAACAUCGGCACCACCAGGAAGGGGAUUGGACCGGCCUACUCAUCCAAAGCGGCCCGCACGGGCCUCCGUAUCUGUGACCUCCUGUCAGACUUUGACGAAUUCUCCACCCGGUUCAAGAACCUGGCCCAUCAGCACCAGUCCAUGUUCCCCACUUUGGAAAUAGACGUUGAAGGUCAACUCAAAAGGCUCAAGGGCUUCGCUGAGCGGAUCCGACCCAUGGUCCGAGAUGGCGUUUACUUCAUGUACGAGGCACUCCACGGCGCCCCCAAGAAAAUCCUCGUGGAAGGCGCCAACGCAGCCCUCCUCGACAUUGACUUCGGGACCUACCCCUUUGUGACGUCAUCCAACUGCACGGUGGGCGGCGUAUGCACCGGCCUGGGCAUCCCCCCGCAGAACAUAGGCGAGGUCUACGGCGUGGUGAAGGCGUACACCACACGCGUGGGCAUCGGCGCCUUCCCCACCGAGCAGAUCAACGAGAUCGGUGACCUGCUGCAGAGCCGCGGCCACGAGUGGGGCGUGACCACGGGCAGGAAGAGGCGCUGUGGCUGGCUGGACCUGAUGACCCUCAGAUACGCCCACAUGGUCAACGGAUUCACCGCGCUGGCCUUAACGAAGCUGGACAUCCUGGACGUCCUGGACGAGAUUAAAGUCGGCAUUGCGUACAAGCUCAGCGGGAAGCGGAUCCCCUACUUCCCAGCCAACCAGGAGAUUCUGCAGAAGGUGGAGGUGGAGUAUGAGACGCUGCCUGGGUGGAAGGCGGACACUACGGGCGCCAGGAAGUGGGAGGAUCUGCCCCCACAGGCCCAGAACUAUAUCCGGUUUGUGGAGAACCACGUUGGAGUGGCAGUGAAAUGGGUUGGCGUUGGCAAAUCCAGAGAUUCGAUGAUCCAGCUGUUUUAGACAAAGACAGAGCUGAUCCCGGCAGGCCACGUCCACGCCAGCAGCCACAGUAGUGUUCUUUCCCCAGCCAGCAAAACCAACGCCGUAAACAAAGAGAUUUGAAAACUAUUUUCUGUACUUUUAUAUUUCUCUUUAAGCCUUCAGCUCCACCCACUGAUUUCUACAACUUGAAACAUCUGAAAACCAGUGUUGGGUACAUGUUAAAAUCUGCUAUUUCAAUGAGCCGAAGCGCUCAAAACAGAGACCUUUUAUGGCACGUGAAUUGUCACAUGGUUGUAUGCCCGGUUGGAGCCGUUUAGUAAUAAACAAAUCCGACUUCCGCUGA